AUGGUAAGAGAGGGCAUACUGUUAGGACACAAAGUGUCAGAGUUGGGGUUGGAGAUGGAUAAGGCCAAGAUAGAUGUGAUAUCAAAGUUGCCACCCCCAACGAACGUGAAAGGUAUCCGUAGUUUCCUAGGCCAUGCAGGAUUCUACAGAAGGUUUAUUAAAGACUUUUCAAAGAUUGCAAAACCAUUGUGCAACUUACUUGAGAAGGAUGCCAAGUUCGUCUUUGAUGAUGCAUGCCUUAACGCAUUUGAACUGUUGAAAAUGAAGCUGGUCGAAGCACCCAUAAUAGUCGCACCAGACUGGUCGAAGCCAUUUGAGUUGAUGUGUGACGCUUCUGACUAUGCAGUGGGGGCCGUGUUAGGCCAGAGAAAGGAUAAGAUCCUUCACGCUAUAUACUACGCCAGCAAAGUACUCAAUGAUGCGCAGUUGAAUUACACACUGACAGAGAAGGAAAUGCUAGCAGUAAUAUUUGCUGUUGAGAAGUUCUGUGCUUACUUAUUAGGCACGAGGGUGGUGGUCUUCACAGACCAUUCGACUAUUAAGUAUUUGAUGAACAAGAGGGACGCCAAACCUUGUUUGGUGAGAUGGAUCUUACUAUUGCAAGAGUUUGAUAUUGAGAUUAAAGACAAGAAAGGAUCUGAAAAUGUGGUAGCCGACCAUCUUUCAAGAUUGGAAGGAUUGCAAGAGACGCAAGAGGAAAAAGAAAAAGUCAUCAAUGAGAAAUUUCCUGAUGAGCAAGUGUUGCAAGUGACAACUCGGGAAACAUACAUGCCGUGGUUUGCGUGCUUGGCAAAUUACCUUGCCUCGGGUAUCACACCAGAAGGGCUCUCUUCAAACCAAAAGAAAAAGUUUUUGAGUGACACCCGCAUAUUCUUUUGGCCAUCGAUCUUCAAGGAUGCAAAGGCCCAUGUUGAGAGAUGUGAUAGUUGCCAAAGAACAGGCAAUAUCUCAUGGAGGAAUGAAAUGCCAAUGAACAAUAUCCACGAGGUAGAACUCUUUAAUGUGUGGGGAAUAGACUUUAUGGGACCAUUUCCCAAGUCUAAUGGGCAACAGUACAUUCUUGUAGCUGUUAAUUAUGUAUCUAAGUGGGUAGAGGCAGUUGCCUCAGCAACCAAUGAUGCCAAAGUUGUCUUGAAUGGCCAAGUGGAAGUUUUGAAUCGUGAGAUCAAGAGGGUGUUGGAGAAGGUAGUUAAGCCGUCUCGCAAAGAUUGGGCGGAAAAGUUAGAUGAUGCAUUGUGGGCAUUUCGAACGGCUUACAAGACUCCAAUUGGAACUUCGCCAUACAAGAUAGUUUUUGGAAAAGCUUGUCACUUGCCGGUAGAACUUCAGCAUAAAGCUUAUUGGGCUUUGCAAAAGCUCAACUUGGACUAUGAGGUUGCAGUCGAGAAGAGAAUGUUCGAUAUGAAUGAUAUUGAUGAGUUUAGGCUACACGCUUAUGAGAGUGUUGAUCUCUACAAGGAAUGUGCUAAGAAGAUACAUGAUGCAACUAUUAAGCCUCAUCAAUUUCAUGAAGGACAGCUGGUUCUUUUGUACAACUCUAGCUAA